GAUGGUACACGUUUGGCCGUUGCAUACGCAUCAAUCAACCUUCAUUCCACGCUGAGCACUCAUCCCAGCGUGUGCCCAUCAUCACAACCCGGUCGUCCGUUGCACAAACGAAGGGAACCGCGCGUGCCAUUCGCUCGGCGGCGAAUCGACUUCGAGAGCCAGCAGUCCUGCAGAGUCGUGCCCCAGUCAUUCAGUCAGCCAGUCAGUCAGUUAGCCAGUCAUUCAGUCAGUUUGGCAAGGAUAACGCUCCGAAUCGGUCGUCCUUGAUUGCAUCGGUGCUUCGAGAGCAGGGGAGCGUGCGCUUCGAUUGCGCUUUUCCACCAACCAGUGCUAUCCCGGUGCGUUAUACCUGUGAGUGUGUGUGUGUGUGUGUGUGUGUGAAUUGUACGUGUACUGAUGUGUUUUUCACGGAACGAUUUUCCGAACGCGAGUGAUUUGGUACAAGUUCCAGUGAAAACAGCAUGUUCUAAACAUGACAUUUGCCAAUCAACCGGCGAUGAAAGCGAAUAAAAGUGAAGAAACUGUGAAAGGAAGGAAUUAAAGCGUACAACAGCACUAAAGUCGACAAGAACCAUGUAGCCAAACAUGUCACGUCAGCAUCGUGGUACAGACGAAGGUUAAUAUAAAACGGCCCCCCGUUGCACCCAGCCCGUGUCCGUACACUACUCAACAACUCCAGUUCUGCCAGAAAAUGGAAGAUGGACAAUCCCGCAAAUCCACCAAUGGUCACGGCCAUCCACGGCACACACGCGAUCUCAAGAAGACACACGCCGAUUCCUGGCCCAGCACUACCAAAAGAACAUCAUUGCCGGCGAGCCCCAAGAUCAUCAAGACUACCGAGGAUGACUCCAGCGUUGGGGACGUGUUCGAAUACUGCCAGCAGACGUCCGUCACAACGCCAUCGACGGUGGAGAUCGAUUAUGGCGCCAUUAGUCCACGUUUUGAACGCAAACGGUUCGAGUUUUGUUACCCCUCCGUAUCGAAGGAAGAUUUCUCCAACAGCAUAUCAAUCGACACGCACGACAUCGAUCGUCAGAAGAAACGAAUUUAUCCCAGCAAGACCCCGGACAACUCGCUCGAAAAUGAAUCGAUUCUAGAUGGUUCGAUGGCGAGCUGCAGCUCACCGGGACAUAGUUCCUCCGCUAGGGCCAAGUCUCCUUCGCACUCGCCGCGACAUUCGCGCCGUCAGCUCAAUAGCGAGAUUAUCAACAUAACCUCAAACCCUGGCUAUCAAGUUCUAAGAAAUUCUCACUCCACACUCGAUCGCACCUGCUCCGAUAGCGUGGUUUCGCUGACAUGCCGCAAAUCGACCAGCGAUCUGACCCAAACGAGCGACAUCGGUAUGAGCGGCAUGGGUUCGAUGGGCGGAAGGCAGGGAAGACGCCGGAGCAGUCACAAGGGAGGUCUCGCAUUCCUGGCCAGCAGGAAAGGAUCGCGUGAUUCGAUCAAGAGUGCGGCCUCGAAUACGUCCGUUUUCUCCAACGAAGACAUCGGUCCGCUAGCGUUCCAGGCGUCGGCCCGUGGCCGCCAGAGACGUACGUCAAACUUUCUCGAGCUUCCCGUGCCGGAUCAUGCGAGGCCACGCGUUUGCUCACUGCCCGAGCGCCCGUACAAUCCACGGCAGAGCGACGAUCUCUACCGGUUGCGUCACUUUUCGAUCAGCAAAGGAACGGUGGUCAACUGCGGUGAUUCGAUCAUAUCGCGAAGAUCGAAAAGCAACACGAGCGUCAACUCCACGGCAAGUCGCGCUAGUGAAAGGUCACCGUUCGAGGGAUCCUGUUGCGGUGGAGGAUAUGCCACCGUGGAUUCGCUUCCUUCAUCUCACGGCGAGGACGACGAGAGUGAACCUAUUCCUACCAGGUAUCGUGUCGUCAUGUUGGGCGAUUCGGGCGUCGGCAAAACGGCCCUGGUUUCACAGUUUAUGACCUCCGAGUACAUGCACACGUACGACGCCAGUCUUGAUCGGAAAGAUGAUGAGUUCGGGGAGAAGACCGUUAGCGUGCUGCUGGACGGUGAGGAGUCGGAGAUGAUAUUUAUCGACCAUCCGAACGUGGAAAUGAGUGUGGAAAACUCGCUCUCGACGUACGAACCGCACGCCUGCGUCGUUGUCUACUCGAUCGUCGACCGGAACUCGUUCCGGGUAACGGAGGAAAUACUCAACUAUCUCUGGUCCGAACACUACACGAAGGAGAAGGCGGUCAUCAUAGCGGCAAACAAAUCCGACCUGGCCCGGGCCCGAGUCAUUACCACAGCCGAGGGAAAGCAGCUAGCCACGUCCCGGGAAGCAAAGUUCAUCGAAACGUCCAGCGGAAUUCAGCACAACGUCGACGAGCUGCUCGUUGGCGUCCUCAAACAGAUACGGCUGAAAGAGCAGCGUGAAAAGCGUGCCAGUGCAACCAAUCUGCGCAACUCCCGCACGCAGAUGUCGCUGCACAUUGCGAAGGAGAUACUGCACAAAAUUUGUCUCACCGACAUCACCAAAUCGAAAAGCUGCGAAAAUCUGCACGUGCUCUAAGCGGCGGAUCGGACAUCGGAUGCAGGAAAAGACCGUCGUUUGUUAUUUAGUGCCAAACUAGUGAUUGCGGGAGACAUGGAAGGGGGAUUUUACUCUGCUAGAGCUUUUGCGUGUCCUAUUCGAAAAGCCUUCUGGGAUGAUCAUUCGUGUACUUACUACUACUGCUGGUCGAACAGCCAACAGCGUCGGCCUAUGAUGAACAAUUUCCCACCGAGAAAGAAGAAAUCAGGCGACCAAAAAAUAGAGGAAGAAACCAUAAAUGUGUGUGUGUUGGAAAACUAAAAGCCGAAAGAAAUAUGGAUGGAGAGGCGCGUGAGAAGAGGGGAAAAACAAAACUUAGUAGUAGACAGUGUUACAUGUACGAUGUUUCUAAACACACAUAAAAAAACAGGAAUUUUUGUGUCGUUGUAAGCAUAAACCAUAAACAAACCAAGCUGUCAACAGUGUCAACCGCUUGACUUGUGUAGUUGGAAACUUAGAGGACGGAAGCCUAAAGAGAUACUGGAAAAGCAUACUAACUACUGCGUGUUUUCUGGCAUUUCGCAGCAAAGACUGGCUAAUAUAGCUCUAUUUACUCAAGCACAUUACUAUCUCCCUCUCUCGCUCGUUCACCGCGUACUGGUCGUCACGCAUGCACGUACAUACUGGAUGGAAGGAUUGAACAGCUUAGUGUUUCGCAAAGGGUUCGAAAUGGGAUUUCCCAUAUCACAUCAUGCAAGCCACCGUCACAGUCGUGUUAAAAGCGACAAGUAUUAAACUUUUCCUCUAAUGAAUGAUGGAUUGCAUAACUGUAGGCGCAAGGUCACGCGAGAUAUCUGAUUCUUUGAAUUCGUUACACUAUUUGCCUCAAAGUAUGCAAAUCCGCAACGACGCCGCAAACGCCUGCAGUUAUGCAAUUCCCUUUCCGCGUAUACUUUGUCGUUUUUAGGCGCGACUGUCACACGCAUAAAGCAGGCAUUCAACACCGAAUUUCGACAUUACGUUAAGCGAGCGAGAAGGCACACUUCUUCAUGACCGGGCGAGGUUAGCUCGACCGGUGUUAUUCGAAGACAGGAUAUCUUUACAAACUACUAACUGCAAAACCGGCAAAACCAAACCAAAAUCAUACAUAUACACACAUACAUAUAUAUAUACAAAUAUUAUAGCUAUAUACAAAGAGUAUACACGUGUUAAUAGCCUAUUUACUGAACUGUGUGUGUGUGCGUGUUUGUGUGUGUGUGUGUUGGGGGAGGGAGAACGUGUGUAGUUGUCGUUGAAUAAAUAUGCCAUUUUUACUCUGCCGCUUUUGAUGGUGCAGCAGCAUCUUAAUGCAUUGUCAGUGGACUUCGAUCAGAGAAUCGAUUCUUACCCUUCCUAGACGAACCCGAGCUGCAACUGUCACUGCUCGAUAGCUGUGAAAAAGUAUUCAGGUCACCGCAGCAUUCCAAUCGCCCUAGUGCUACUGGGCUUCAUAGUUUUUGUACUCUCCCUCCAGACCCUGAUCUAUACAUCUAAGGCUUCGAAAAAAUGUGUCCCCUUCGGUCUGUCUCGCCUUCACUAGCAUCUUUUUUCACCGUAUUGCAUGGGAAGCUGGCUCUUAUUGGAGGGGUCGUAAAAACAGACUGGCGCAGAAGGUUUCUGGCUGUUUUUUUUUCCCGUGUAGCCCCGUGGGUUCUCCUGGGUACGCCACAUAAUGCAUUCCAAGAAAGAGAGCAACCUCGUAACUGAAUGCGGUUACUGCCAGAUAAAUUAGAUGCUAGCAACAGGUGUAGGGUAAUGUGGCUCAGCAUGCAGCGUUCCAACAGACGAAUGCAGUUUACUAUUCCCUUUCUUUUCCAAUGAAUUUGAAACCAUACAGUAUUAUUUUUCAAUCGCACUCCGUCGAGUGACAAAACAGCAGCUUCAUUGGGACUGCGAAGAAUAUCACUAACAUAAGAUUAAAGCUUUAAAGUACACUGUAAACCAGCGUGUGCAGUAGCCAGUGAUGAAGACAUGUAAGAGAACAGUUACUAAAUCAAUCACGGCUUUGAGAUAUGAUUUCCACGCUCCCAACUUGAUUCCAAUUCCCGUCAAGUCAGCACGUAAAGUGAACAAACUGUAACCGGACAAAUGACAGAGGUGAGAGCUUUAAAUGUCUGCAAAGCAUGUCCCAUCCAAGUCCUUCCGUUUUCUUUGCCACCAAACAUAUAUGCACGCCUCUGCCUCUGCAGAAAACCCCACUCCAACAUUCAGAUCCCCAUACAUCAAAAGCUCGAUGUAUUUAAAUGUUCAACAAAUGAUAAGAAAUUGUUUUAAAAACGAGUGCACGCAACUUAUCAAAUUUUAUCAAAUCAAAUCAAAUGGGGGAUCAAUGAAGAACAAUAUCAAAAAAAAAUCCAAGUGAAAUACUAACUACAAGUACUGAGGCGCUAAAAACGCGAUUUAUUCGAUUUGUCAAAAGUGAGCGAGAGGAGCGAAAACAAACACUUAACUAAAUUGCACUGCGGCCUAAAGGUAAAACCCAAUCAUGACGAGCGGUUGGUAGGGAGAAAUUAAAGUAAAUGUAAACACGGAAACUAUAAUCAUUCUACUUACCGAAAGUACCCGGCGGCAAGCACUGAGCCUGUGAAAGAGAAGAAGAAAAAGCAAGUAUGUUGAGAUGGUUAAAACAUUGUAAAACUUAUCGAAAAAAUGCAACGUCAGUUUCCAAAGACCUAAGCAAGGAAAGGAAGUAAGCGAAUGCGUACUGUUACAAUUUCUGAGAGAAAUGCGUUUUACGGUAGAUUGUUUGUAUAAAAUACUGCAAAAAUCUGUCAAUUAUUGCUCGGUGGAGAUCUCUUUCGACUGCUGAACAAAACACUCACAUCAAUAAGUUUAAAGUUAUCUGCAGCCUCCAGGGAGCGUCGCCCCGCGACUGCCUGGCUGGAGCGUGUGUUUAGCGAUGUGUCUGUGUGAUUGUGUUUUUGUGUGAUUAGUUGUAUGUAGUAGGAAAAAAGAAAACAAACCAUGAAAAAGCAUUUAAUACUUCAAUAAAGUACAUCCUUCAAAACGAAAACUGUGACAAAAACAUGCACAUAGCGAGAUAUGAUUCCUAACUAAUAUGUGCUACUUAAGGCGUUAAGAGACCGUAAAAUCAAACAAAGUGCUCCACAAGCGAUUAGCCUAUCCCUUUCGUUCCGUAGAUUAUUCCAGAAAUGCCCUAUUAAGAGGAUAUUCCUUCUUAUCGUUGCUGUAAGUUUUAUUACCUACUUUUAUGUAUACAAAGGGUGUUAUCACAUUACUUAAAAGAAACUUAUUCUAACUGCAAGCGAAACGGCCUUCGUAGCUUUCUUAAAGAACUACGAUCGGAACGGCUUUUAGUUCGAUGCAAGGUGGAACAAAUGUUUGAAUAUUGAGCCACACGGCGAGUAAAUGGUAGAAAAGUAAGCUAAGCAAAUGUGACUAAAGCUGAAAUCAUUAACGGAAAAGGGAAAACAAGGAUCGCACACGAAACGCUUCGUACCAUUUUCCGAGCUGAUACUGAAACUGAUCCGUAAACUUUCAAAACUGGAAUCGAUAUACAUACAUGCAUACAUACACACAAAAAUAUAUAUAUAAAUAUAUUUAAAAGAAUGUUUAAUAAACAUUAAGGACUAAACUUUA